UGAAACUUCAACAUUGUUUUGUCAUUUCAAAAAGAAAAAGUCAAAUCUAGUAAUUUAUUUAUUUCAUCUCUUGUGGCGUCUUUUUGACCCAAUUACGACAAACCUAACUGAACACGUAUUAGAUUGCUCACUGAGUGUAUAUUUUAAUAAAAUGACGGCGUUAGCAUUUAAAGUUAAAAGUAAAAAUGGUCAACAAAUACUUAAAGAUUUGACCUCUGAUAGCACCGUGGGCGAAUUGAAGAUGUUUUUGUCGAGUAUAUCGGACGUUGGCAUCGAGAGAGUUUGCGUGCUGUGUGGGUAUCCACCCAAGCCGUUGGACAUUAGUAACGACCAUAAAAAAUUAAGUGAAAUAGGUCUGAAAACCGGCGAGACUCUUAUAGUUGAAGAAAAAGCUGUGUCUUCGACCGGUGGUUCGAGCAAGCCUCCUGAGCAAAAGCCUUUAGAAAACGGUAUUGCGUCACAUGAAACAUUAGGACCCUGCAGACCCGGUAUUCUCAUGAAGAAGGUGGUCCCUUCAGACAAUUCAUGUUUAUUUACUAGCAUAGGUUUUGUAUUAAAUGGAAAUGUUGACACAUCGGUCCAUACUUUAAUGAGACAGAUUAUUGCUAUGGAGGUAGCUAGUGACUUAGAUACUUAUAAUGAAGCUGUUCUUGGGAAACCUAAUGCUGAUUACUGUGCAUGGAUUCAACAGCCAAGCUCAUGGGGUGGUGCUAUAGAGGUAGCGAUCCUAUCUCGUUUCUAUGGGCUUGAGAUGGCUGUUGUAGACACAUUAAAUGCUAUUAUCAAUAGAUUUGGUGAAGACAAAAAUUAUGGACAGCGGGUUUUCUUACUGUUUGAUGGUGUGCACUAUGACCCACUGUACUUGGAGCAGUCUGAUGGUGGUAUCCAAACAAUAUUUCCUGCAGAGGAUCUAGAAAUCUAUCAUGAAGCAGAACAGCUCGCUCACGAAGCGAAGUCGUCCCGACAGUUCACCGACCUCAACAAGUUCACCCUAAAGUGUAUGGUGUGUGACAAGUUCCUUACCGGCCAGGUAGAAGCACAAAAACACGCUAAAGAAACAAUGCAUACGAAUUUCGGAGAAGUCUAGCGAACAAUGUAUUUUAUUAGGGUUUAUGUAUUAAUAAUUUGAUAGUGUCCACUUGAUUGAACUUGGAGAUAAAAAUAAAGCUUAAAACAAUUAUAGUAAAUGCCUUUCUAGUUAAGGAUUAGUAAGAUGAAUAGAUUCAUGUGAUUUAAGCAUGUCUUCCGAUAUUUUUGGGUAACCCUUUUACUGCCACGGACAAUUACGCCAAUACUGUAAACAAAUUACACAUUGAUUCACCGUUAUGCAAAAACUGCAGUUUAGUUAGCUAGCUGUAGUGAUAAAUAUUUAUGAAGUUUAUAUUUUAAUUUUUAUAUGCAGUUGUAGCAAUCCCGAGCACUUCGGAGGAUUCCUCAAUAAUUUGUGGUUGUGUACAGUGGCAGCAAAAGGAUUUGUAAUUACAAUUACCGAUAAGAGAUUCCAGAGACUAAGUACUGCCAAUUUGUCCUUCCCUACACCUCAGUAGCUUUGUAUACAUUCAUAUCAAGUGCACUUAUACAUAGUCGAAAUAUUCCUAAUAAAAUAGUAUAUAUGUCAAGUGGGCACAAUCAUUAUAAUAUAACAUUUAGCUUAAUUUUGUUAAGAUUUUUAAAAGUUCCUUAAAGGCCUUUUUCACAAUUGACAUUAAGGAACUCAAUAGUACGAUUUGAGAUGUUACUUAUUUAUUUUUAAUCUCAAUUUUAAUUGUUAAAUGAGAUUUAUUUAUAUGAAAUAAUAAUUCACAUAUCCUAGCAACGUAUUUUGAACGGAAUAGGCAUUUUGUGAGGGAGGUCUUGGGAAUAAACGAUUACUUUGGACGAUAUCAAGCCUAUUGGAUCCAUGCACGACAUGCCCGUUUAUAUUCAUGAUUAGCUAUUUAUCUUUAUGUUGUAUAAUUUUUGCUCGAAUGUUCUUUUCACCAAAGUAGCUCAGAAUACCUAUCGUGCUCAUUGCUGGAUUAUCUUGAACUUUGCAUCGAAAAAAAAGCAAUACAUAUAAAUAGUAAGUAAUAAAAAUAUAAAAGAUUAUAAGAUACUAGCUGAUUCGAAUGUUAUAUUUUUCUACUUGAAGCUGUCUCAAAUAGGUAAAAUUGCUUGUUGAAAAGAGAACUUAGAAAUCAAUUUGGUGCAGAUUAUGUACAAUGUUAACGGAUUUUAAGCUUAUCUUAGUCGAAAUGCAUAAUAAGCAGACAAUAAGAACAAUUACUAAUCACAAUUAAUACAUCAAUUAGUAUUUUACCUCAAACGAAAUUAUUUAUUGCCAGAUGAGUUGUAUAUAGAGUUAAAAAAAUGCGAAGACAUUUUUUGUCUGUUAUAAUAAUAGUUAAAGAAAGCAAAUUUAUCGAUAUUAUAAAGAAAAAGGUCGGCGAAUCAUUGUUAAAUGAAUUAAAUAUUAAAUGAUGUCUAUUAAGCAAUAAAUUCAUUGUCGCAUAAAUAAAUAAAGAUACUUGUUAUAUAUAUAUAUAUAUUUGUGAAUAAAAUACUAAUAUUUUUCAUAAUUCCCUUCAGGUUUCUCGAUGUUUUGUAUUGGCAUACUCGCGUCCUAGAAAACAUUGUAAAAGUUAUUUACUGUUAUGUCACGUUGUUGGAACAACAUUGUGAGCGAAAUGACUCAUAAACUGUAAAAAAGGCUCAAGGUUGCAUAAAUAAAAUUUGAUAAAUGAAUUACU